AUGCGACAUAGGAUCGUUUUCGGUGACUAUCGGGAUAGGAUCUCCCGACUGGAAGCGCUACUUCUUUUUGUGAAGAUUAGCAAGGGCAUCGGUCGGGAAUUUCAAAUCCGAGCAGAUCAAAACCGAUUGGAGCCAUUAAGACGGGCGAGGCCGAGCAGCGCCCUUAAGGACAAAUUCAAAGCUUUGAGGGAUCUUAGUCAUAAGAUCUGGCCCGAGGUCGUGGAGAAACUUGAGAGAGAGAAGAGAGAGAGGAAGGAGAGGAAAGAAGGGAGAAGCAAGCCUGCUGUCCCCAUCACGUUUUAUUUUGACGACGUCGUCGUUGCUUCGGAGCCGGUGCUGAAAAAGAAGUGGGUUGGAUCCCCAAGAUUAAGGGACUCUCCUUCUCCUUCUCUCCGGAGUUCUUCCAUCGCGUCACGGCUUCGGCGAAAGAGGACCUCGUCUUCUGCUCCGAAAAAGGUUCCGGGGGGAGUGGUCGAGCUCGAGUCUCCUCCUUCGGACCAUGAUGGUAAUGUAUCCCGUCGAGAUGACAGUGCUUCUCGUCAUGAGGACGACAUGAGCACUCCGCCAUGCGGUACUUUGCCAGUUCGGGAGGAGGAGUUCCUUACUUCUCGUGACGACGGUCCUUCGUUUAACCGAGGCGGUUUCUCGUCGUUCGGAGGCGCACAGUUCUACUCCUGA